AUGACGUUCCCGCUAGAAACGUCUAACCUCGUGGCGUAUCUACGGGCUUUUUCCGUGGCCACAGCCGACCCGGACUCCAACGACGCCGCCAGGAUCAUCAAGCCCCUCCAGUUUGGCUUAUAUAAGGAGGAGUUGAACAAGUACUAUUUGGGCAACUUACGGUGUGAGUCGCCGCCAAUCCCGUACGAUCUCCGAUCGCAAGGUCCAUCCAGCCUGUUGGAAGCAUCUGAAUCCAAGAGGGCUGCGGUCAAGUCGAAAAAACGCAACCAUAUGACUGGGAACGCUAGGAGGGAACGAAACAACACGGCCAUCUCAGCAUUGAAAGAUACCCAGGAGGAGCUUUCUGAUAGCUCUGUAAGGACAUUGGACGCUUCACAAAUCAUGUCAGCUUCAAUUCCCCACUCUAGUAACCCGUCAGCAGUGGAGUCAAAGAAGAGCCAGAAAACCAAGAAGAAGAACCCUUUGGUCAAAUUGUUCCAAAAAUCAGAUAAGUCGAGCUUUUCGUCUAGUUUCGGAUUUUCUACCAACCACAGUAUCAAGAGCUCGAUUACAGAGCACUCGUUUGAGCCUGAAAGUGAGAGAAUCGAGGAGUCUCCACCUGAGAUGCGUACGUUCACAAUUGACUCGGCAACAACCUUCGAGAAAAAUGCAUUGCCCGACAGCAGCCGAACAAGUACGAUGCAAGAGAGCCUUCCCGGUAAACCUAGCGGUCAUGUCCCUAGUAUCAGUGCCUCGGAGGGCGUAGCAGAGACAGAAACAUCCUCGACAGACUCUGCCUUCACGGAUAUUGAGGGCGACUCCUUGAUGGACGUCGAGCCCGACUUGAUAUACGAUUAUUCUGUUCCAGACAGCUACGUGCUUCAUGAGGACAAGACACGUAAAAGAACGGAACGAAAGAUGAAAGGGAACCACUCUUCAGCAAGUCUAUUCUCUUCAGCAAACAAAAGCAGUGUUGAUGACAGCGAAGAAAAAUCCGACAAGGCAAGUAUACGAAAGCAGGAGAACACGCUUCGUUUCGAGAAAAUGUACUAUGCUGUAGGUAACAAAGAGAAGGAGCAGGCUUCUUCGAACCUCAGUCGUAUGAUCCAGUCAAAGUUCAGAUCAACUUUUAUCAACCCUUUAAAUUAUUUCGGUUUUGUGGGCUCCGAGGCACCUGCGCCGAAUGCUCAUAAAGUUUACAUUGAUUUUUUUAUGCCUCCCAAAGACACCCCGACGAUCAAAAAACUAGCCGUAUGGAACUCGUCAACUGUGAUGGAAUGUAUUGGCUACGUUCUUCUACAAUUGUCAAAUCUUGCAGAGUAUGCGGAUAAUCUAGAUAAAGACUUCAUUAAUCCGAAUAAUUGGCGUAUGGAACUCAUUGAUGAAGAUGGUGAACUUUAUGAUGGUAAUUUUGGUGUUUUGGACCGCACACGGCAAUUAUCCUCAUACAACAGCCCAAACUGUUUGGCGUUGUGUAAAGUCAACAAUUCUACAGAACUCAAGCAUAACGAGAAGCAGACACCUCUUCCACCCGAUUUCAAGCAAAAUCUCGAGACAUUCCAAAAGAAACCUGAAGAUACCAUUCAGGACGAUCACUCAUUUACUCCUCAGUUUGACACACGACCCAACCAGAUGGGCGUGGAUACAAUCGAGGUUAAAGUCGACAAUAUUCCUGAUUCUCAUACCAACAUUGUUAGUUUCUUUAUUAGCACUCAUAUGACGGUGGGGGAGCUUUUGGAUCUUAUAUGUCAGCAGUACCACAUUGAUCCUCUGCGAUACCGCUUGGCUGAGGCUGACUUCCCAGAUAAAACUAGCAGCAUGUUAGGGGACGACAUCAAGCGCCCUUCAAAAAGCACAUAUCAAAAGCCGUUGGAAAACUCGGCUUUGCUUUCAGCUCUACCGACGAAAAAAUUCAAGUUCGUUCCUAACUUGGCUCAGACGAUAAGGCCCUUAACAGAUGUGAGUAUGGGCAAUCAAGGGACCAGCGGUAUCACUCCUUCGUCCUCAACCUACAUACCCCAUGGUAUAACGCCACCAUUGAGCCAAUUGAAUGGAGUGGCUAAUGAAAUAUCUGCUGAAGAGAAACUUAAGAUGCCUGACACAAGAACUGAAAAAUUGGAGUCCAAAAAGGCGUCCAAGUCUGACCUUGACGUAACUGCAAUCACCAAAAGGGCCAACAAUCUCACAUUUGGUGACAUCUUGAACCAGAAUCGCCCUAGUCUACCUGUGAGUUUGAAUACAAUCUACUUCAAGUGGACUGUAUAUCGAAGGAAGCCGCCUUUACUCAACAAAAUUGAAAAAGCGCUUAUCAUCGAUGGUGAUUACAUCCAUUUGGCGCCAACUGAUGAUGUCAACUGGCGAAACAAUCCAGCGGACAAUCCGUUGUCGACAAGUAACGUGGGCAGUCACCAUCAUUACUUGCAUCACUAUAACUAUUCCAAGUUCUACAAAGAAACGAUGAUGAAAACGAGCUCAUUUCAUAUCACGCAGAUCGUCAAACUCAAAAAGUAUUCUCAUAGCAAGAACCCGAAUCAUUUUAAAAUUGUGAUUGAGAAGCCCGUGAACGACGCCGCAAAAGAAACAGCUGUAAAAAAGAAGUAUGAUCUUGAAGCGGAAACCGGGGUUCAAUGUGACGAAAUUUUAGAAAAAAUCAGGUGGGCUCUCCAGGUAUACAACAAUAUGAUGGAUAAGUGA